UGGAUUUUGGCUGGAGCGUAACGAACCUGCGAUUGACCAUUGACUUGACAAUAGCACCUCACAGUCGCCCCGAUUUCGUCCUCGCCUCUAGUCAGUGACCAGAACACAGUCAACAUGCCUUCCGAAAUCACCGAUAUCAAGCAGUUCCUUGAGAUCGCUCGGAGAAAGGAUGCGAAGGGCGCCCGUCUGAAGAAAUCUUCCAAGAGCAAGGACAUCAAGAUGAAGAUCCGAUGCAAGCGAUACCUAUACACGCUCAUCCUCAAGGAUAGCGCCAAGGCGGAUAAGAUCAAGCAGAGUCUACCUCCUACCAUGCCGUUCCAAGAAAUCAGCAAGAAGAACAAGAAGCCCAAGAAGGCGUAAACGAAUUGCUCGAGAUGGAGGCACAUUGGGACGGAAGCACGCGGAAAAGGUCUGGAACAGACAUGAGCGGAUGACUGUCGGGCAUUUACCGGCCAAAGGUCCUGGCACCAACAUGUUCUACGUUGACAAAGUUGAGAUGUUGCUAUCAACAUCGACGAAGGCACAAUCCGUUUGAUGGCAUAUGAAUGUUCGCUCACAGCCUCAGUUACGCAAAGGGGAUGCCACCCAUGAUGCAGUGAUAGAAAACGAAAAGAGAGUCUUCAAGGCAUUUAAAGUCG